CUAUGUUUAUUACAUGAAAAGAAUCAAGGAAUUAAUCAAAUUCAGAGUUCACCAAAUUUCUCCUUUAGAAAUUGAAAAUAUUCUUUUGAAACAUCCUGACAUACUAGAAGCGGCUGUAGUAGCAGUACCACAUCGUUUGGAUGAUGAACAUCUGAUUGCUUUUGUCACUAAAGCCAAAAAAUCAAAGCUUUAAAGAUGUCGGCUUACGUAGAGGAGAGUCCCCCAAAGUGGACAUCCCCCCA